GUAAGCUCGCCCUUAAGCUCAAGUCUGCAGUAGCCCGGCGUCAGCCGCCGCACCAAGGAUUACGUUGCCGAGGGGUGCCAGAGGGCUUUGCCUGAUAUCGCAAAAUAAACCAUAGCUAUACAACUCGGAACACGCAACUCUGUAUACCGCAUAGAGAAAUCGUUAUCACCUUAGGAAUGAGGGGGCCGAUUUUAGUUUGACCGAAAUUAUCUUCUCGAUCGCCCCCCUUCCCCUAUUUUUCCCAUCCCCCCCGUCCUUCCGAUUUGUUUUAUUUUUCCCAUUUCCCUUUUUCUUUUUCUUUUUUGCUUUUUUUUUUUCUUUGUUAAUUUCACGGUGUGCGUGAUCCCUGGCCGAGGACAUUCCCCUAGUUUUUCUUUUCAUUUUUCCUCUUCUUUUCUAUAUUCUUUCUAUUUUCGACAAUCGAAACACCAGAAAAGAGAUAUAAGUGGAGUGUCCGUCUGUGCUUAUGAAUGAACCAGUGUUAAUCGUUGCAUCACCAGCACAUCGGAGCUGAGAGUGAUCGAAUCCUAUAAAUAAAAGCAAAAGAAAAAACAACGAGAGGAACGAAGAACGCGACGAAAGGAUGCGAGGACCUAGAAGAGGGGCAUCAAGCCCCGGCGGUUUCUCGCUCUAGGGGAAAACGAUCUAGAUAGCGGCUCAGUGGUAGCUGCGCGAUACGGUUGUUUGUCGGAUAAUCGUUUGAAAACGGUUCUCCAAAAUGGCGGACGAAAAAGAGGAGCAAACUUUUCUCCAAAAGUUACUGUUCUACACAACCGCGUUCUUCAUUCUCCUCGGCACCUUCAGCCUCUUCGCCUUCCUCUUCUUGGUCCCGUUCGUCAUCGAUCCCGCCUUCACCACGAUCUUCAUGCAGUUCGAAACAAGGCCCGCCGAGUGCGUCACCAUCGACGUUGAGUCCCGAAGAGGUGCGAGCAACUGUUCGUGGACAUCGUGCAGAGAGGGUUGUACAAAAGAGCUUUACGAUUGCACUCAAAUACGAGUGAACUACAAAUUGCCGAUAAAUACUACCACGGAGACGGACAAGGACGAGGAGGACGACGACGACGAAGAAGACCGCCGUCGACUGGACGGGGAGGGCAGGGCGGGAGGAGGUGUCGAGGGUGACGAAGACGCGAAACGCAGAAAUCGUCAACGGUUUUCUCGUGCCUUGAGGGAAUACGACUACCGCGAAGAGUUGAACGAGGAGUUCGACGACGAGGACGAGGAGGACGCGGAACUGUCGAGGCCCUUUCCCACAGGUCUGAUGGGGAACGAUUCGGAAUGGUACUUCACCGGCGCCAAGCUGUUCCCGAACGUUAAAGGAUGCGGUUAUCCACCGAUGCUGAAUUGCAGCGUUUUCUACCGGCAAUACGCCAUCAUAGGGCAUAAUUUUAGCUGUUACUACUCCAAGGUGGAUCCCGGAAUCGUCAUCAGCGAUCUGGACAUGUGGCAGGUGUACAUGAACCUAGUCUACGCGAUGGCGAUACCGAUACCGUCGUUCAUAAUAUCGGUGAUAUAUCUCACGAUUGCCUACUUCAAAAUUUACAACGAAGAAGAGGAGGUCCUAGUCGACGGUGAGGAAAUAGACGAGGGAAUCGACGUUGACGGGAGCAACGCGACCCCGCUACCGCCGACGAGCGGAGCCUUGACACCGGGAAGCGAAGCUUUCAGAGAAGAUCUGGCGAGUUUUGGACACCUAUUAAAGGUCGCGAUGGCCGACGACAUCAGUAGAGAGAGUCUCGAUGGGAUACCGAAUUCACUUUCCGUCCAGGGAAACUUGAGCAAGACGAUGACGACGAGUAUCUCAACUCCACCUGGGCCGAUGGCAGCAGUUUGAAACGUCAUUUUCAAGGUCUGAAUAACAUUUCAUGGAAACCCCAUUAAAAUAAUUGAUAAUUAACAAUAAGAAUAAUAAUAAUUUUCAUUGAUAACAAUUGUUAUUAUUGUCGCCACAAAGUAUCUGGGUAGUAUACAGAAAAACCGAACAGAUCAUUGAACAGGAAUGAAUCUAUUAAAAAAUUUUCGUUUUUUAAUAAAUUGUAACAAAUUAAGAGUAAAGAAAAACUCAAAUCAUUCUACACAUAAGAUUUGACAAAAAAAAGUAAUUAUACUUUGCAAUACUGAGAUAAGAAAAAUUGCAAAAAAUUUGAAGAAUUUCUUUCACACGAUCUGCGAAAUUUGAACAGAUGUAAAAAUAAAAUAAAAUUCAAAUAACAAUAAUAACGACACGAAUAUAUUGAUGAUAUAUUAUAUAAUGGCGAUGCUACUAUUUGCUUAUAAUAACAUACAUAAUAUACAUAUGUAAUAAAUAAGUGCAUAUACAUAUAUAUGAUAUAUGUAAAAUAAUUGUGACUUCACCGAACUCGAAUCACACACGUUUUCGUAAGUUAAUAACAAUAACAAUAAUAAUUAUAAUUAUAAUAACGAUAAUAAUAACAAGUAUGUAACACUGUAUAAGGUUUGUAUUGCAACAUUUUUAAUUGUCACACCAUCCGCGAGGAGGUUAAGAGGGAUCGCCAUCAAUUACACCACUACUGUAUAAUAGUAAUUAUAAUAAUAUUAAUAACAACAAUAACAUGAAUAAUAAUAAUAAUGUUAAUGAUGAUUGUAAAAAACCUAACUUAAAGAGAAAAGCAACAACAGAAAAAAUUCAAAAUAUUAAAUCAAGUAUGAGUCGUGUACUUGCUUAUGUUAUACGUUAUACACGUAUAUAAUAUGCGAUAUAAUAACUUUAAUUUAUAUUGCAUAAAAGUGAAGUAAUAAAGAAAACGGAGUUCUUUAAUGAACGAAACGUAUAAAAAUUUAAAAAUAAAUAACAUAGAUAAAAUUAGCUAUCUGAAUGAAAAUAGAGAAAAGAAAAUAAGUAUGUCAUUGUACAGAUCAUAAAAAUAUUCUAAACUGACUGUGGUGCUAAAAAGAAAGUUAACAAAAAGUUGACACAAAAAAACAAAAAAAAAAAAUUUAACUAAAAAAUAUCUUAAUCGAAAAAAAAUUAUAAAACUUAAAUAAGAAAAAAUGACACGCUAUACGCAAAAAUUGCUUCGUUCGAUGAUUAUUCGUCCGACUCGAAAUUAUCACCAUUCAUUAUCAUUAUCAAAAUUAAUAUAGUUGAUAUCAUUUUUCAAAUAUUAAAACGCUCAUGCGUUGCGAUUUUUUUCUCUCUUUUACAAUAUUAAAACAAAGACAAAGGAAAAGAAAGAGAAAGGGAAAUGAAGAAAUUUCUGUACGUUGUACCUAUAAAUUAAUAAUCGCGCAAAUGAUUUUGCGACGGCUGAAACCUAUUAUACAUACAUAUAGUAUAUUGAACAUACGUCUACAUAUAUUUUUAUUAAUUGAGCUAUCAACUGCAUAAUUAUUAAUCUCACUGCCUGUUAUUUAUUUAUUUUUUCUUAAUUUUUUUUCCUACUAAUCAAUACGUAAGAGACGUAAUAAUAUUACAUAUAUACCUAUACCUAUAUUCUAGGAUAAUGAACGUCUGAAAAAUGAUAUAAUUAUAUAACGCUAUAUAAAAAAUUGAGAAGAAAAAAACUAAAAAAAAAUCAAUAAAAAUAAAAA